AUGAGUGAUGAAUAUGAUGAGUAUAUGGUAUCAGAGGCUGAGAUGGAAUAUGCUGAGCUAGAUGAGGACAGCGAUGAGGAAAUGGGUGCUUAUGAGGAGGAGGAUGAGGUUGUUCUUGAUGAUGCAGAUAGCAAAGCGCCAAAUGGAGACCAGGGUGGAUGUUAUAUAGAAAGAAUGUAUUUUGAGGCUAAAGCUUUUAAGGAGAAUAAUAUGUUUGCAGAGGCUAUACAGAACUUUGAAACACUAGCUAAUAGUGGCGAUGUGAAUUGGACUUUUAAGGCGUUGAAGCAGUUGGUUAAGAGCUGGUACUUGAUGAAAACUUACACUGUGCAGGAAAAGGCAGGCAAGGAGUUAGAAUUGAGCUUUAAUAGGCUGGUGCGUCAUGCAAUUGGUCAGCAGGCUGAGUUGGGGUUGAAGUAUGUGAAGAAAUCACUUAUUAGUAUCACUCGUCGUAUUGUACCUAGCAACAGCGAGGAUUUCCUCUUUGAUGAGGUAGCGAACAUAGAUAUAGAGACUGUUAAGCUACACCUGCGACUCUUGGAGACGCUGCAGGAGCUUCCUGCGGAAUACAAUGAGCUUGGUGCUCUGGUGCAGGAGCUAUAUCUGGAGAACACUGCGUGGAGCGAGAGAUUGACCACAGGACAGAUCUCUAGUGGCAUGCACAAUGUCUUUGAGCACGCAUAUCCUAAGACGCCCGGGAUCCUGCUACUUCAUCUUCAGUGCUAUAUCACGCAAUUUCUGACGAAAGGAAUGGUACCAAUGGAACAAUUUGGCCGAGUCAUUUUUGAAAUGCAAGCCAUGGUAGAGCACUCUUUAUCAUUAUCACAACAACCGCAGGCAAUGAUUAUUGUGAACUUUGCAAUGUGCAUAGAAGACAUGCAUGCGGAAAGAUAUGAGUCACUAAGGCAGCACUUUUGGGAAUGUUUCCAAAACCUGGAGGAGAUGGGGACCAAAAAGGAAAGGUUCAGUGAACUCACCUUAUGCGGUUUAAUCUUGGUGGACAUGACUUUGUUGCGUUCUUCCGUAGCUGAAAAUAACGAUGUAAACCCUUUUGAAUUAGAGCAGAUCAGGAUAAUGGGUGAAAGUGCUACAGUUGCCCAACUUCGGCGUCUCUACAACGAUUUCAAGAACUUGGAUUUCCCACGACUUGCCUGCUCUCUAUCAUGCUUAGAUCGUUUCAAAAUAUGUCUUGGUCCACUUAUAUUAAGGUUGUGUCAGCUGGCACGCACAAGAAAGCUAUGGGAAGAGAUUGCACCGUUGUAUACCUGUAUUUGCUUCAAUGAAAUCCAAAAGCGGCUGGCAAUUGGGAAUGAGCAGGUUACUCACGACCAACUAGUGUCGCUGCUCUUACAGCAAGCGAUGUCGAAUAAGAAAAAUAUCUACUUUAAGCUGGAUCUUACAAGAGAAUACGUAUAUUUCGGGGAAGAGCAUAAAGUACCACUUACAUGUACACCACGCGCACUAGUGACUCAGGCUGCUUCGUCGCAGCGUAAUGAAUGUUCUGCUAGUAAUAGGCGUAACAGCGCGCAGUUCAAGGCGCUAUUGUCAAAUGCUGCUGCAUUUCGGUCUGACCAAUCUGAUAAGCCUAUUGGAAGAAUUGGUCAAAAAAAUGAACAAGAUACUGAACUGAUGGAGUGGGCAGAUGACAUCGGAAUAUAUGAUGUUCAAACAAAUACAGACCAUGAAAAGUUCACGUGCCUGGAAUUUAUGGACCAACUAAGUGAAAAUAGGAAAAAUAUCCAAGAAUCUGAUGCCAGCCCUCAACAGCAGCCGUAUACCGAAUAUCAAGGAUUAUUAGCAUUCGUUCAAGAGAUAAUAUAG